AUGGGCCGAGCCGGGCGCGCGGGGGUCGGGGGGCCGGUCCGCCGGCGGAGGCUGCUGCUGCUGCUCCUGGGGGCCGUGCUGAUCCUAGCCGCCCGCCUCGCCGGGGCCGCACCGGGUAGCCCAGCACUGGGCGAUGCCCCACUGGCCGUCGGGGAGCGGGGAGGGCCAGAGACCCAGAAGAGCCGCCGAGAGCGGGCGCUUCGGGCCAACGACACGCGCCAGGAGGAAGGCGCAGGGGAGGACGAGGAGGCGGCCCUAUCUGAGGGGCGUGCGGGACGGGGUGAAGAUGAGGCUGGCCCAUGUUGGGACUGCCCCCCAGGGACCACUGUGAGGGUCGGAGCCCUGUCCGAAGAGGCCCUGCUGGAGGCUUCCGCAGCAGUGACCGGAGCAGCCUGGCCUGAGGCCAUGACUCUGGACCUGGCCCCCGAGAACCGAGAGGAGGCUGGCAGUGGAGACCCCCAGGCCAGUCGGGCCACCCUCCCUGGCCUUGAGGAGGAGCUCAGACAGACAGAAGUACCACCCUCUGGGGAAAGUUGGGGUCCAGCUUCAGAGCCCGUGGGGGCAAAGGGGCCUCCUUCUCCUACCCUAGGGGGUCACCUCAGCCUUACCCUGCCAGAUUCUGGCCCCAAACUUCCUGACGUGGCCCACAAGGAGAACCCCUUGGACUUGUGGCUGAGCCUGGGCAGUAGCCUGCCCGACCCUCAUGUGCCAGCUACUGCCUCUCCACCUCUGGGUACUCCAGAGCCUCAGCCUUCCUCAGAGAUCAUCGACAUCGACUACUAUGAUGGCUUAGACUCUGACAGCCGAGGUGCUGAUUUGGGGAGCUUCCCAGAGUCCCCUGACACUUCCCAUCAACAUAUUCACCCAGGUGAAGAUGCACCAUCCUGGAGCCUGACUGACAUGUAUGAUGACUUCACCCCCUUUGAUGAGUCUGAUUUCUACCCCACCACCUCCUUUUAUGAGUUGGAAGAAGAAGAGGAUGAUGAAGAGGAAGAAGCAGCUGUUCAGGACCUAGAAGAUGAAAAUGACCAACGACUACCUGGCCUGACACCUAGCACAGGUCCAGGCAUUUCCCAGCCCACCAGUCGUUGGCAUGCAGUACCUCCACAGCAGACUCUGGGGGUGAACCCAGACAACAGUAUCACCUUCAGGCCUCGUCCAGGAGAAGUAGUCAAAGAACUGACACCAAGUGAGAAUGGCACAGUGUGCCGGAGUGGCUUUGUUAGGCACAAUGGCUCCUGCCGGUCAGUGUGUGAUCUCUUCCCGAGCUAUUGCCACAAUGGAGGCCAAUGCUACCUGGUGGAGAAUUUAGGGGCCUUUUGCAGGUGUAACACACAGGACUACAUCUGGCACAAGGGGAUGCGAUGUGAGUCAAUCAUCACUGAUUUCCAGGUGAUGUGUGUAGCCGUAGGAACAGCUGCCCUCGUGUUGCUCCUCCUCUUCAUGAUGACUGUUUUCUUCGCCAAGAAACUCUAUCUGCUUAAGACAGAAAACAGCAAACUGCGCAAGACCAACAGAUUCCGGACACCAUCUGAACUCCACAAUGAUAACUUCUCCCUCUCCACCAUUGCCGAGGGAUCUCACCCAAAUGUAAGGAAACUUUGCAACACUCCCCGUACCUCCUCCCCCCAUGCCCGUGCCUUGGCUUACUAUGAUAACGUUAUCUGUCAGGAUGACUCCAACAUAUCCCAUAAAAUGCAGGAUGUUCUGAAGUCCUGCCUAAAAGAGGAGGAGUCAUUUAACAUUCAGAAUUCCAUGUCACCCAAACAUGAGAGUAACAAAGGUGACCAAGAUGACUCGGAAGUGAACUGUCUCCAGAAUAAUUUAACAUGAAGGAAA